AUGAAGAGCAGCCUGACACUGGUGGGGACCUUCUGGGCCUUCCUGUCUCUUGUUACUGCUAUGGCCAGCUCUACCAGUUACUUCCUGCCAUACUGGCUCUUUGGAUCCCAGCUGGGGAAGCCAGUGUCAUUCAGCACAUUCCGGAGGUGCAACUACCCUGUGCGAGGAGAGGGGAACAGUUUGAGCAUGGUGGAAGAGUGUGGGCGCUAUGCCAGCUUUAGUACCAUCCCAAGCCUUGCCUGGCAGAUGUGCACUGUGGUGACAGGUGCUGGCUGUGCUCUCCUCCUCCUGGUGGCAUUAGCUGCAGUCCUGGGCUGUUGCAUGGAGGAGCUCAUUUCCAGAAUGAUGGUACGUUGCAUGGGAGCAGCACAGUUUGUGGGAGGGCUGCUGAUAAGCUCAGGCUGUGCAUUAUAUCCCUUAGGAUGGAAUAGCCCAGAGAUAAUGCAAACAUGUGGGAAUGUCUCCAAUCAAUUUCAGUUAGGUACCUGUAGGCUUGGCUGGGCCUAUUACUGUGCCGGAGGUGGAGCAGCUGCAGCCAUGUUGAUCUGUACCUGGCUUUCUUGCUUUGCUGGAAAAAAACCCAAGCCUGUUAUGUUGGUGGAGAGCAUCAUGAGGAACACCAAUUCUUAUGCCAUGGAGCUUGACCACUGCCUCAAACCUUGAGCUUUGACAUAAGAUUAUAGAGGGUGGGA